CUGUCCGGCAGCCGCGCUGACGAGCCGGAGCUCGCUUGGCUGUGGCGCCUGCGUCCAGCUCCGCGCAGUUAGGAGCCGCCUCUCUGCACCCGGCUUCUGCAUGGCCGCUGCUGCCGCCUUCUGCUUGGCCCAGAGCCUGCGGCAGCGCCCGGUCGCGGGGGCGAGUAGGACAGUGCAUGCUGUCUGUUUUCCUGUAAUUCAGCUGCAUACGACUGGAGCUACCAUGCGAGUCAGUCAGGAAGUUUUUGAAAAGGCUAAAGAUCAGCUGAAGCUUUUGAAGGAGGACCCUGGUAAUGAAGUAAAGUUGAAGCUCUACGCAUUGUUUAAACAGGCUACCGAGGGUCCCUGCAGUUCUCCAAAGCCUGGUAUGCUUGACUUUGUCAAGAAGGCCAAAUGGGAUGCAUGGAGUUCACUUGGCAGUUUGUCUAAGGACAAUGCCAGACAGAAAUAUGUUGACCUUGUGUCAAGUUUGGUCUCUUCUGAGUCUUCUAGCCAGGUGAAAGAUACUACUCCUGACAGCAAACAUGGAUAUGAAACCCUACAGGUUACCACCACAGACAACAUCACUAAGAUAAUGCUAAACCGCCCUGAGAAGAAAAAUGCUAUCACCACACAGAUGUAUAGAGAAAUUAUUCAAGCACUUGAAGAAGCUGCCAAAGAUGACUCAGUCAUAACUGUAAUAACAGGAAAUGGGGAUUAUUACUGUAGUGGAAAUGACCUGAAUAACUUUACCAAUAUACCAGCCGGUGGAAUAGAGAAGAUGGCAAAAGAUGGUGCCGUAUUACUCGAGAACUUUGUCAAGCAUUUUAUUGAUUUCCCUAAGCCAUUGAUUGCAGUGGUGAAUGGUCCAGCUGUUGGAAUCUCUGUAACUCUUCUUGGACUCUUUGACAUUGUGUAUGCUACUGACAGGGCCACGUUUCACACCCCAUUUAGUGAACUCGGCCAGAGUCCAGAAGGAUGUUCUUCUUACAUGUUUCCAAAGAUAAUGGGCUUAUCCAAGGCAAACGAGAUGCUUCUUUUUAACAAGAAGUUGACUGCAGGGGAAGCAUAUGCCCAGGGACUUGUGACUGAGGUUUUCCCUGACUGGACUUUUGAAAAGGAAGUUUGGAUAAGACUUAAAGCUUAUGCAAAUCUCCCCAAAAACUCCUUGGCUCUGUCAAAGCAGUUAAUACGAGGUGUGGAAAAGGAGAAGCUGCAUGCAGUUAACUGUCAAGAGUGUGAACUCCUCAGGGAAAGGUGGUUAUCUGACGAAUGCAUGAAUGCUAUUAUGAGCUUCUUUGGGAAGAAAUCAAAACUGUAAUUUUUAUUGUUGGUGAAGAUCAAACUCCUGAAGCUCAUCUGUUUAUCUCAUUGAAAGGAUUUUAAUAAGUGAAUACUCAUUUGGGGGGGUAAAUCCUAGUUGUGCCUUUUUAUUGAUGUUGAUCAUUACUGUAUUAAUUAUUGUAUAGAAACAAUUUAAUAAAAAUGUUAACUUGUAAGUUU